CAGAUAGGGGGAGGAGUCUCUCACUGACAAGAGGGGGAACAGCUCGUGUGAGUUUGUCAGCUCCCUAAAAUAGCAGGCAGAGUGUAAAUGUGACUGAAAUUACGUUUAUCCACUGGAGUCACCGAUAUAGAGUAUCUAUAUACAGCGUCUGACUUGGGAGUAAAGGACACUUUCCAAAAGGAAGGAGGCGCAGGCCGUCGGCUGAAUCUGAAAAGGAAGAAAAAGGAAACGUUGGAGGAAAUAAAUCAAAGCGAAGGAGUUGAACACACCUGGUCCCAUCAGGAGGACAUCAAUUAUUUGGGUUUUCUGGUCGUGGUGUGAGCCACUCAAGCGAUAGAAAAAGUGUGCGCGAGCGAGAGAGAGAGAGACGGCGAGAGAAGAGUGCUGUACAAUGUGCUAGAAGAAGAGCGAGGGCGAGAAGAGAGCUUGGUUGUUUGUUCUGAUAUUGUCGAGGUGUCGGAGAGAGCGGACAGGACGCAGCCAUGGGGAGGAAGAAGAUACAGAUCACCAGGAUCAUGGACGAGAGGAACAGGCAGGUGACCUUCACGAAGAGGAAGUUUGGCCUGAUGAAGAAGGCCUACGAGCUGAGCGUACUAUGUGACUGUGAGAUAGCCCUCAUCAUUUUCAACAGCUCUAACAAACUGUUCCAGUACGCCAGCACGGAUAUGGACAAAGUGUUGCUGAAGUAUACCGAAUACAACGAGCCCCACGAGAGCAGAACCAACUCGGACAUCGUAGAGGCGCUAAACAAGAAAGAACACAGAGGCUGUGAUAGCCCGGAUCCCGAUGCCUCAUAUGUCCUCACGCCUCAUACAGAAGAAAAGUAUAAAAAAAUUAAUGAGGAGUUUGAUAAUAUGAUGAGAAAUCAUAAAAUCCCCACAGCGCUGCCCCAGCAGAACUUCUCCAUGCACGUGGCCGUGCCCGUCUCCCACCCCAACGCCUCCAUGUACCAGCAGGGCGUCGGCCAGGGCUCCCUGGGCGACGGCGGGAUGCUGUCCCCUCCGACGCACUCCUUGGCCCUCCACAGGAACCUGGGCUCCAGCGGGGGCCCCCAGCAGAGGCCCACCAGCGCAGGCAACACAGGAAACGGCUUUGUCAACCCCCGAGGCUCGCCGGGUCUCCUGGGCGCGUCGAGCGGCAACGGCCUGGGCAAAGUCAUGCCCACCAAGUCUCCUCCGCCCCCCGGAGGCAGCAUGGGGCUGGGGGGCCGCAAGCCCGACCUCCGAGUGGUUAUCCCCCCAUCCAGCAAGGGGAUGAUGCCCCCGCUGUCGGAGGAGGAGGAAAUGGAUUUGCCGUGUGGGUCCUUAAGGUCAAACAUGUUUGCAGAUGAACCCUAUAACACCCAGAGAAUGAGCAGCUCCCAGUCCAGUCAGACGCUGGCCACGCCGGUGGUGUCUGUCACCACCCCCAGCCUCCCCCCUCAGGGCUUGGUGUACUCAGGCAUGCCAACCGUUUACAACCCUGCCGAGUACUCCCUGAGCAGCGCCGAGCUCUCCUCCCUGCAGGGCUUCGGCUCCCCGGGGCUCUCGCUGGGCUCCAUGUCGGCAUGGCAACAACACCAACUGGGCCAAGCAGCGCUUAGUUCUUUGGUGGGCGGAGGCGGGCACCUCCCACAGGCCUCCAACCUCUCGCUCAACACCAGCCAAAACAUCAACAUCAAGUCGGAGCCCAUCUCGCCCCCCAGGGAGCGGGUGGCCCAGUCGGGCUUCCCCCAGCAGCAGCAGCAGCAGCAGCAGCAGCAGCACCACCACCACCACCACCACCACCAGGGCUCCAGCCGGCAGGACCUGGGCCGCUCCCCCGUGGACAGCCUCAGCUCCUCCUGCAGCUCGUACGACGGCAGCGACCGUGAGGACCACCGGCCCGACUACCACUCGGGCGCCACGGCGGCGGUGGGGGGGGGCGGCGGCGGCGGCGGGCUGGGCAGACCCCCCACCGGGCCCGAGGAUCGGGAGAGCCCCUCGGUGAAGCGCUUGCGGAUGGACACGUGGGUGACAUAGAGAGGAGCCCCUCUUUUUGAAAGCACCAGGGGGGGGAUCCGACCGGCCCGUCGGUCCGACAUGCGCUGGGAGAAGGGGGGGGGUAGAUGGAGAGGUACACCUGGAGAUUAAAUCAACAGGGAAAAGGUUUGUAGAACUAUCGACAUGUUAUUAUUUAACUCCUUUUUCGGUUGCUGUUUGCCAAGACAUGAGUGGCAGAAAAUACAAUUUGAAUUGAAGGAAAUAGUAAAAAAAGAAAGAGCUGGACAUACUGAGGUGAAUCUCUAACUGCGAUGAGAAAUAAAAUAUAAAACAUGAGCUUGAUUGGGUUUUAUGCACAUGCAUCUCCUUUCAGGCACUGUUCAUAGACAUUAGUUUUACCAAUAGACUAUCUAUUAUUGUGACUAUACUCACUGAUCUGCUUAGGCCCCAAAUCUCUCCUCUUUAUUUGAGCCUUCGUGGUUACAAUGUCCCCAACAAUCAGAUGCUUUGGGCUGAGGCCCCUGAUAUUUGAAGCAAUCAGCGAGGAUUCAACUUCUGUAUAAACGUUGCUGUUGCAAUUAUUCAGGACCUUUCACACUCCACUUGCCCUCAUGUUUUCUCUAUCAACCAAUCGAUUCGGCUCAGAGACGAGAGGGAGCUCACGUUAUACAAGAGUUACCGUCGAAAGCGACCUUUAUGUUCACAGACAUGUUAAAACACGAGAUAGGAAAGAAUUAGUUGCGAUUAUAGCAUAACUUUCAUGUUCUAAUUUAAAAGAGUAUAGGAUAUAUAAUGUGCAAUUAAGAUGAAUGAAACGUGUCCAGUUGAACUGGUGAGAGUCCCGAUGUUAACAUACAACAAUUCGUCAGUAAUACAAAGCCAAAGGUGUUUCUCUCUGUUCUUAUGUACAAUCGCUUUUGGUUUCCUAGCCGUUCGCUUUUUAGAGUGCUUUUUUCUGUCUUUUCAUUUUGAUUGUGCUAACUAGAAUGCGUGUAAAAUCAUGUAAGCCAGGUUUGAAUCAAUAUCUAAAGCCAUGAACACUUGCUGUCCUGUUUGUAUAAUUGACAAUUUGAGCCAAACAUUUGUUUGUUAUGUAUAUAGUAACUUUAAUAUAUAUAUCACCAGGGUAUGAGUACAUACUGAAUGUACCAUCACCAAUUUUGAGAAAGUAUAUUUUUGUGGAUUACCGCCGGGUUUACAAGGAUAGACCCUUCACAAAAGAGAAUUCAUUUGACAAUAGUUGCUACUUGGUUUGAUUCACUGCAAACUCUAUUUCUUUCUUUCUCUGUUUUUCUUUCUGUUACUUUUCUCUUGGCCUCAACACAAAUUUUAACGACAAUGCCAUGAGUUGGAAUUUUCCACUAAGUUAUAUUUGUUAAAGCGAGGGUGAAGAAGUAGCAUUUCUUCUGUGUGAGCGAUAUAUCUGCUUUCUACACUGCCAACAUGCAGAACCAAGGCCCUAUGUGGAGAAGAGCUUGUUUUGUGGAAAGAUAUGCCACGCCUUUCAUAGGCCCAUUUUUGUUCCAGUACAGUAAUCCCCCCAGAAAAAGAGGAAUCCUCUGACUCAUAGAGGAAGCAUUUCAACAUUGAUGAUACAUUUUUAAAUGAUUGGACAUUACAAUAGAUCACCGUGGGCCACUUAUAAACGUCUGGAUACUCCCAUUACACUUGUUUUUAGUUUAUGUUUUAUCGGCUCUGGAAAUUGCAUCAUAUAUAUUCAACCCCCCCAUUGUAAUUAGUUAUUCCUAUGAAAGCCUACACGUCUAUCAAGUGCAUUUUAGCGCACAGAGGGCUUGAAGAUAUGAACGUUCAGUUGGGAUUCACAAAGGCUGUUCUCAUGUAAACGUAGAGCACAGCAUUGGAAAAGUCCUUCCAAUAAAGAAAAUUCAUGGUCAUUGAUGUUUUAACAACUGCUGGAUCGAACACAUUUCCAGAGACGUCCGCUAUAGAAAUGGAGUAUCACUCUGCAUUCACCAUUCCAUAUCUUGUGCAUCAUCAUUUUAGCUCCUUCAUUGAUUUCAUUCAAAGUUGACCAAGGGUCAAACUGAAUCUAUGCAGUAUUCAAAGCUCAAAAUCACCUAGUUUGGAUCACUGACGUUUUAUAACCCAUUUACAGUGAGGUUUCAUUUAACUAACAUAAUUCGGACGAGGGUAUAUCUAAUUGUUUGGUAUCAGUGGGUGGGCUAGUUUGUAAAUGGGAGACUUAAAGGUAAAUUCCACUGCAAAGCAAAAUGAAGGUAAUUUAGAUGAAUGACAUAGUGGAUGUCACAAGUAACCGAGUUUAGAAGUACUAUUGUUGUCUUUGGAGAGCUAUUUUGCUCACUUCCCCCAGUUGUAGUCCACAGUAGAGGAAGACACCAGACACCAUAGUUUAGCAAUCCAUCAAUAUGAUAACCACACAGAUAACUGGGUGACAGAUGGCUAUCUCUAGGUGGAUAGGCAACAUUCCCUUUUAAUGGCAGACCCAUUGUGGAAUUUGCCUUUAAGUGACAUAGAACGAGGUACCAGGCCUGCCCACAAAAGCAAAGAAAUUAAAAAAGACAUGUAAAGAUUAAGAAACAUCAUCUCACAUUCCCAUCAAGACAAUUUUGAAAAGCACUAUUUCUAUCCAGGAGAAUGUAUUCCAAUGGAGGCACUGCAGGUGGACCACAGCAAUAAGACAGCCUGGCUUCACACGUCGAGCGCUCACUUAGCACUUGAUGGAAUAUCAGGGAUUUUUUGUAGCUUCUCAGUAGAUUUACUGUUAGGGACCCCCCCUUCCCCCUCCCCCUGAAAAAAAAACAUUGCCCAGUUAAAUCUGGUUAUAGCCAAGUCUAAACUCUUUAAACAAGAUUCACACAAGACGAUGUGUACAGGGAAUGCAACGUGAUACACUGGCUCUAAAUGGUGUGUCGGAAUAUGUGCAGAACUGAAUGUGACAGGCAAGAGAAAAUCAACCCACCUUUUUAGAGAACUUUGCUGUGCAGGAGUACACUGCUUUGCGUCAAUGCUUUUAUAAAGAGAACCGUGUUUGGUAAAUGUCUGUUGUAGUUGUUAGUUCACUUAAAUAAGCUGUUGUUCGGUUUGAUUGCUCAGACUGUUGGCCGCACAAGCUGGACUUUGUUGCCAAUAAUGAAAUUAUCCGUUCACAAAAUCAAGACAAUUCAUUUGCAUUUUAUUUUUCCUUGAAUGUCCUGUUUUAUCGUCAUCAUGCAAUGAAUAUUCAAUUGAACUUUUUAUUAAACAUUUAAAGUACUAUGCUAGAUAUUGUACAAAAUUUGUAUUCUGCCUUCACAAAAGUAAAAAAAAAACAUCAUUGGCUUUUAAUGUGUAAUUUAAGUCAUCUCACUUAUUCUGCAUAAAAUGAAGUGAACAGCUCUUACAUAGAAUGUGUCCUCUUGUAAAAUCCCCAACAAUAGACACUGUCUACUUUAAUAAACACCUCAAUGUAUGCUCCGUCAGUAUUCUGACAAACA